AGAGGUCUGAUUGUUCUGGAGAGCUGGCAAGUGAGAGAUGGGGAACACAGCCCCAAGUUCCGCAAGGCACUGAUCAGUGGAGAUGAGGUUCUGGCCUAUCAGCUCUACGAGGGCAACCCUCAGUAAGAGUCUCUAGACCCCAAUACCUCAUAUGGGGAACCGUAUACACAACACAACACCCCGCUCCAUUAUGCUGCCAGACAUGCCAUGACACGCAUACUCAGGUCCUUCCUCUUCAGCAAGGAUGGGAACCCCAACAAGCGUAAUGUGCACAAUGAGACAGCUCUACAUGUGUUGUGCAUGGGGCCUCUUAUCCUGCUCUCUGAAGGGGCUCUGCAGCCACCGGCCCGACCUUAUGAAGAUGAACGCAGGAGAGCGGAGUGCCUCCAAAUGAUCCUGAAGUGGACUGGCGCCAAACUAGACCGUGGUAAAUAUGAGAGUGCUGACGUCAGUGCCACCGAUAACAAGAAGAACACACCACUACACUACGCUGCUGCCUCAGGGAUGAAGAUAUGUGUGGAGUUUCUGGUGAAACGUAGCGCAGACCUGUUCGCAGAGAAUGAGAACAAGGAGACCCCGUGUGAUUGUGCAGAAAGGCAGCACCAUAAAGAGCUUGCACUUGGUUUGGAGUCUCAAAUGGUCUUCUCCACUGACCCCAAUGCCGAGGAUAUUGAGGCAGAGUAUGCAGCCUUGGACCGCAGGGAGUUUUAUGAAGGUUUGCGAGUGCAGGACCUCAGGAGACUGAAGGACAUGCUCAUAGUAGAGACUGCGGACAUGCUGCAAGCUCCUCUAUUCACUGCAGAGGCUCUUCUAAGGGCUCACGACUGGGACAGGGAGAAACUGCUGGAAGCUUGGAUGUCUAAUGCUGAAGACUGCUGCCAACGUUCGGGUGUUCAGAUGCCCAUUCCUCCACCCAAAGGCUACAACACCUGGGACACGCUGCCCUCACCCCGUACACCUCGUACCACCCGUUCAUCCAUUACCUCGCCGGACGAGAUCAGCCUGACCCCUGCUGAUGACGAUCACUCCCUGUGCGGUAUUUGUAUGUGUGCUGCCUCCAUGUUUGAAGAGCCUGUUGAUAUUCCUUGUGGUCACGAGUUCUGCAGGGGAUGCUGGGAAAGUUUCUUGAAUCUGAAGAUUCAGGAGGGGGAGGCCCAUAAUAUUUUCUGCCCAGCCUAUGACUGCUUCCAGCUGGUUCCUGUCGAGGUCAUUGAGAGCAUCGUGUCUAAAGAGAUGGACAAACGUUAUCUUCAGUUUGACAUCAAGGCAUUUGUAGAGAAUAAUCCUGCCAUCCGGUGGUGCCCGAGGGCUGGCUGUGACAGAGCAGUGCGAUUGGCUGGACAGGGACCUGGUGCCAGCACCUCCGACCCACUCAGUUUUCCUCGGCUCCAGGCCCCUGCUGUGGACUGUGGCAAGGGUCAUCUCUUCUGCUGGGAGUGUCAAGGAGAGGCCCAUGAACCAUGUGACUGCCAAACAUGGAAGAUGUGGCUCCAGAAAGUUACUGAUAUGAAACCAGAAGAACUGGCAGGUGUAAGUGAGGCGUAUGAAGAUGCUGCCAACUGCCUGUGGUUACUCACCAACUCCAAAUCCUGUGCCAACUGCAAAUCUCCCAUUCAGAAGAAUGAGGGAUGUAACCACAUGCAAUGUGCCAAGUGCAAGUAUGAUUUCUGCUGGAUCUGUCUGGAAGAGUGGAAAAAACACAGUUCCUCUACUGGAGGAUACUACCGCUGCACACGAUAUGAGGUCAUUCAGCAAGUGGAGGAGCAGUCUAAAGAGAUGACUGUUGAGGCUGAGAAGAAACACAAGAACUUCCAGGAAUUAGAUCGCUUCAUGCAUUAUUACACACGUUUUAAGAACCACGAACACAGCUACCUGCUGGAAGAACGCCUGCUAAAGACGGCCAAAGACAAGAUGGAACAGCUGAGCAAAGUUCUGAGUGGAAGAGAAGGAGGCCCUCCAGACACUACUUUCAUUGAAGAUGCAGUGCAUGAACUACUCAAGACUCGUCGUAUUCUCAAGUGCUCUUACCCUUACGGGUUCUUUCUGGAGCCCAAAAGCACAAAGAAGGAAAUCUUUGAACUUAUGCAGACUGACUUGGAAAUGGUGACUGAAGAUCUUGCACAGAAAGUCAACCGGCCUUAUCUCCGCACACCUCGUCAUAAGAUCAUCCGCGCUGCCUGCCUGGUGCAGCAAAAGAGACAGGAGUUUCUGGCCUCUGUAGCGAGAGGUGUGGCCCCCAACGAUUCCCCCGAAGCCCCUCGACGCAGUUUUGCUGGUGGAACAUGGGACUGGGAGUAUUUGGGCUUCGCCUCUCCUGAGGAGUAUGCCGAGUUCCAGUACAGACGCAGACACCGGCAGCGCAGGAGAGGAGACAUGGCCAGCCUCCGCAGCAACACACCUGACCCUGAUGAUCCAGGACACAGCACUUUAGACACGCAAGAAAUAGGUGGAGGUCAGAGACCGGGUUUGCCCAUGCCUCAUAGCUCUCUCGACGAGGAUGAUCCGAAUAUCCUGUUGGCUAUUCAGCUGUCUCUGCAGGAGUCAGGGCUGAUGGCUGGUGGGUCAGGUGUUGAUGCUCAAGAGAUUUUCUCUAAUGAAGCUUCUCUGGGGGCCAUUGGAACCUCCCUGCCCACUCGGCUUGACCCGGUUCUGUGUGGGAUAGAUGUUCCCCGUGCCGCCCUAAGCAGCUCUGAGCUCUUGGAGGUGGGUGACAGCUUAAAGAAGCUAGGAAAUAUUAGUGGCCAGAAUGUCCCGUUGCGCUUUGACAAUCUCAACAAUCCUGCCAGAGAUCCCUCAGAGGGUCCUUUCCAAGCUCCUGUGGGACAUAUGGAAAGCUCUGAUUUCAAUUCGGACAACGCCAACCUUCUAGGCAACAUCAUGGCUUGGUUUCAUGACAUGAACCCACAGAAUAUCAGUUUGGUUCCUUCAGCCGGUGCAAUGCAACAAGAAUUCGCCAUUCAGUCACCGAGGAUGCCGUCAGAGUCUGAGUGUGCUGUACCGCAGUGGACAACAGGGGGCGACAGAGAGGCGGCGCGAGAGUUUGACUCUGACAUCAUCGCAGGAGAGCGGGAGCUUGUCAGGCCAACACAGCUGGACCUGAUAGGUCUAGAUAUGUGUCCUCCUCCUUCAUCUGUCGAGUUGGGCGAAACUCCGAGUGCUUUGAACCCGUGUCACUCCGAUAUCCCAAAAUGUGACUCAGACCCCGACCAGCCUAGCAGUAGCUCCUCUGAAUGGGAGGGUCAAGUGCACCUUGUAUGAAAUACUGACUUUACCUACUAUGUAAGCCACUUUUUUUUGAUAAAGUAGCUGCCGGAAUCCACCCCGAGGAACAAGAUUAAUCACGAGAAGCUUUGUAUUGUCAGAUAUGUAGAAAUCGAAAUGGUACUCGUGGAGUACUUGUGUGUUUCAGGCCUUUGUGCUUAUAAGGCAUGUGUUCUUUGCUUACUAAAAAUAACUCUUUCCGAUCCUGGAGUGUUAAACACUUUUAGAGUCAGCAACUGAACCACAAAGCGCUAAGAAGAUGAGACGAGUGUUGAGGUAGCCAGAAUAAUCUACUGUACACAACGGGACGGUGUUCGGUGAGAGUUCCUGUUCGCCUGAUUCAAAAGGAUAGAUAAGAUACUGUAGGUGCCAAACACUGGCUUGCACACGCCAAGUGAACGGUGUGCAGAUCGUGCCUGCUGCUGAGGGCCUAGUCGCCCUGUUGAGUACACUAUCCUUCCUUUAAACUAGACCUGUAGUGUUAAAGAAGUACAGCAUCACACUCUGAACAGGUUCCGUAAUGCUGAUUAUCACAGAAACUAAACAAACAUCAACUCUAGUUGCAGUUGACUUUUCUGUUUUGGUCAAACGUAAUCACUGUAAUCCGUCACUGGUUAAUUAGAACGACGAAAUUGAAACUAGUCUGGAAAAAGUUUUUCUAUUCGCAACUUAUCACAGUGCCUUUUCUGUGAAACUUCUCUUAAUUUAUAGCCACUCUGUUUGGUACGUUCAAUAUACAUUGUGCUUGUACAUUCAGGUGGCGAUUACGCAAACUGAACUCAAUGUUUUUUAAAAGACAUUUUUAUAGCUGUUUGCUUGUCUUUUUGCAUGCCUGUGGCCCCUUCCACACACACACAAAAAAGUGUUUUUAAAGCAAAGGUUGAAUGAAAUCAGACACAUCAUGUGUUAGGAUGUGAAAUUCACAAUGUGUAACAAUCUAAUUCUAAAAGAAAACAAAGACUUUAUGAAUCUUUUCUAAGACACCCCUUCAUAAAACCACAUUUCUCUUAAUGAUAUCUAUAGAUCUUUCGGUGGAGGCGAAAACAUCUGUGUGUUAAGGCCAGAACCUGUUUUAUCUGCAGAUUUAAAAUAUAUUUCUACACAUGGUGGAGCUCACCCACAAUUCAUUUUUUUACAUUUAAUUUAACUGGUUUUUCUGUACGAUAAAUUAAGGAAAAAGAAUUUUCUAUUUAUUUGAAAUUGAAUGUCCUUAAAAGUGAAUGAAUAUCAAUAUUAAAAAAAGAGCGCCAAUAUAUAAAUAUAUUUUGUGUAUGUAUUAAACUAUAAUAACAGUGCCACUUUUCGAUAUUAGCUUCGAUAUUACUUAAACGUGACUGCUGAAACAAUUGUUAAAAGCCAUUCAAAACUAAUCAACAGAAUGUUUUUGCUUACAUUUUCUUGCGAACACCUGGCCAACUUGUUGUCAUUUCAGUCAAAUUGCAGCAGCACUGAGUUUGAAGCACUUCUAAAAAAAAUUGCACAAUUUCGCUCACACUUCAGCCUUUAAAAAAGUUUUUGUUCAUAGGAUUGUGGUUUUAGCUGUGGGUUUGACUGAGCAGGUGCCUGAUGCUUUACUGUGGGCUUGAUGUCAUUUAUAUGCUCAAUCCGACCUUCUGUCCAAAUGCAGUAUUGCAUUGUAUGAAAUUUUUUCCGAAGUGAAAAAAUGAAGGCAGUCCUGUUGAAGUGUUUUUCUUUUAGAGUCAUUCCAUUCCUCAGAGUUUGGGUUUGCACACAUUAUUAUUAUUUUUUCCUGUAUGUAGUGUGUAAGUGUGUGAGUGUGUGAGAUCGGAAUCGGUUAAGCUCACUAAAUGGCAGUAUUUCUUUGGACUAAUAUAUGUCGCCAAAGGUGGGGAUGGAGCUAAUGUCUGUUCAAAUGAAGCAUAUGGUAGAUUUGUCCAAAAGAUAAAUAAAAAGAAUAACAAAUGAUGUCCUGUAUGUGACAGUAUGCUGUGCAUUAAGUAAUUAAAUAAUAAAAAAUAGAUUAUGUUUUCUCGACAAAAAAAAAAAAAAAAAGAGUUGGAGUGUCAAGACUAUUGUU